AUGGGAAUCGUGGCCGCAACCCGAGCAUUGCUCUGGUCCCUCAGCAGGCAAGCUUCUUCGCUGCUCUUCCUUCUGUGCGGACACCGCCCGCGCCACCGCCCGCGCUUUAUCCUCAUGUUACCGCGCUUCAUCCCAACGUCCAUCGUCCUCGUCCUCUACUUGGCCCCGCCCACGGCCCGAACAAAGGCCCCUUUGCUGCCUCUCAAUUUCCCCGACUCCUGCAUCCUACAGGAUACGUCUAGGGACAUGUCCGCCUCCGCUCCCCUAUCCCCUCCGUCAUCGUCAACAUUACCGUCAUCGUCACCCACGACAUGGGACUGGAACUAUCUCCCCGAAGCCGACCCACUCCCCACCCCAGGCGUCCGGGCCGAUCCCGUACAAGGCUCGCAGACCUGGGCGCCCGCGGUCACGCAGCUCAACCAGUCGACCUACAUACUCUACUACGCGGCACAGCUGGCAGGCAACUACUCCUACUACCACUGCAUCGGCGCGGCCAAGUCCUCGCGCGGGAUCCUCGGGCCCUACGACCCGCUCCCGCAGCCCGUCAUCUGCCCCCUGCACGCCGGCGGCGCGAUCGACCCGGCCGCGUUACGGGGCCCGGCUACGGGGCGGAGGUAUCUGUUGUACAAGGUGAACGGGAAUUCGAUGGGCAGGAGAGAGGAGUGUAACAACGGCGUGGCGCCCUUCAUGCGGACGCCGAUCGUGCUGCAGGAGGUGAACGCCACGGACGGAGUGACUGCCGUCGGGGACGGGUGGAGUGUCAGUUACGCGGUGGCGCGGAAUAUCACGGGGCCGUAUAAGCGGCCGGAGGGGACGAGGGGCUUUCUGAUUAGGACGGGGGAUGUGUUCAAUGUCACCGCGCCGGGCGGAGCGGCCAGCGCGCCCGGUGGUGGCUAG